AUGGUGCGUGCGAUGGUGCAUCCUGUGAUGGUGCGUGCGACGGUGCAUCCUGUGAUGGUGCGUGCGACGGUGCAUCCUGUGAUGGUGCGUGCGACGGUGCAUCCUGUGAUGGUGCGUGCGACGGUGCAUCCUGUGAUGGUGCGUGCGACGGUGCAUCCUGUGAUGGUGCGUGCGACGGUGCAUCCUGUGAUGGUGCGUGCGACGGUGCAUCCUGUGAUGGUGCGUGCGACGGUGCAUCCUGUGAUGGUGCGUGCGACGGUGCAUCCUGUGAUGGUGCGUGCGACGGUGCAUCCUGUGAUGGUGCGUGCGACGGUGCAUCCUGUGAUGGUGCGUGCGACGGUGCAUCCUGUGAUGGUGCGUGCGACGGUGCAUCCUGUGAUGGUGCGUGCGACGGUGCAUCCUGUGAUGGUGCGUGCGACGGUGCAUCCUGUGAUGGUGCGUGCGACGGUGCAUCCUGUGAUGGUGCGUGCGACGGUGCAUCCUGUGAUGGUGCGUGCGACGGUGCAUCCUGUGAUGGUGCGUGCGACGGUGCAUCCUGUGAUGGUGCGUGCGACGGUGCAUCCUGUGAUGGUGCGUGCGACGGUGCAUCCUGUGAUGGUGCGUGCGACGGUGCAUCCUGUGAUGGUGCGUGCGACGGUGCAUCCUGUGAUGGUGCGUGCGACGGUGCAUCCUGUGAUGGUGCGUGCGACGGUGCAUCCUGUGAUGGUGCGUGCGACGGUGCAUCCUGUGAUGGUGCGUGCGACGGUGCAUCCUGUGAUGGUGCGUGCGACGGUGCAUCCUGUGAUGGUGCGUGCGACGGUGCAUCCUGUGAUGGUGCGUGCGACGGUGCAUCCUGUGAUGGUGCGUGCGACGGUGCAUCCUGUGAUGGUGCGUGCGACGGUGCAUCCUGUGAUGUACCACGUACAACCGUUGAAUCUUCUCCCCGCCGCCCCUCCUCCCCAUCGCUUUUCCUCAUCGUCGCCCCUCCUCCCCGUCGCGUUUCCUCGUCGUCGCGCCUCCUCCCUGUCGCAUUUCCUCCCCGUUUACCCCGCCUCCCGGUCGCAUUUACUCCCCGUCGAACCUCCUCCCAAUCGCGUUUCCUCCUCGUCGCGCCUCCUCCCCGUCGACUCUCAUCCCCCACGCCUCCCCCACUUUCGCCUCCCCCACCGUCGCCGCCCCCACCGCCGCCUUCCCCACCGUCGCCUCUCCUCCCCGUCACUCCCCCACCGUCGCCUCUCCUCCCCGUCACUCCCCCACCGUCGCCUCUCCUCCCCGUCACUCCCCCACCGUCGCCUUCCCUACCGUCGCCUUUCGUGCCCGUCGCCUCCCUCGCCGUCGCUCCUCCCCCAUCGUCGCUCCUCCCCGUCGAUUCCCCCACCGUCGCUCCUCCCCGUCGAUUCCCCCACCGUCGCUCCUCCCCGUCGUUUCCCCCACCGUCACUCCUCCCCGUCGUUUCCCCCACCGUCGCUCCUCCCCGUCGUUUCCCCCACCGUCGCUCCUCCACGUCGUUUCCCCCACCGUCGCUCCUCCCCGUCGCCUCUCCUCUCCAUCGCCCCCCCACUGUCGCCUCUCAUCCCCGACGCUUCCGCCCCUUCGCGCAUCCUCUCCGUCGCCUCUCCUCCGCAUCGCGUAUCAUUCACGACGGGUGAGUGCGCGGGUGAGAGUGAGUGGAGGGGUGAGUGUGUGUGA